AUGUCGCAACACCUACACAAUUUACAUGCUAAUAGAGCGCUUAGUCAUAAUUUAUUGACUAAUAGUUUUUCUUUGUUAAAUAAAUUUUCAGAUAUGUACUCUACGCACACAUCGUCCAGUUAUUCGCCUUCAAUAUCGGAUGGUACUCUUACACCGAAUUCUUUACAUCAUCAGCAUCUUGGUGUUGUUUCGCACCUAAACUCUAUGUAUACACAUAGCGAAGAAGAUUCUGCCUUACAUACGCAACGUCAUACUCAAACGCAAAAAUCCAAUGGUUGUUUAAUGGAUGGCGCUGACUAUGAAGACAACGAGGAGAAUUUACGCAAAAAUAAUGAUACAAAGACAAACAAUGAAGGUACGCCAACUACAAAUGCUGCCGACAAUAAUAAUGGUGAACAACAACGCCAGCACCAGCACCAGCAUUCCCAUCAUCAACAACUAAAACAGCGUCAGGGACGUCAUCAUCGUCAUGCAGAGCAUGUCAUGAGAAUUCCUACAAAAUUACGAAAAAUCGAUAGGGAUUCAGAAGUUUGCAGUGGUAGUGUUGGUGGCGUUGUUGGUGGUACCACUGGCAGCGGUAACAGUAACAGUAACAAUGCCACUAAAUUUGAUAAGUUGACAGGCGAUGGCAUUAAGCACAGUGGCAAUACGGCCGACGGAUCCUAUCAAUGUCAGUUCUGUGAUAAAUCAUUUCCACGUCUUGGUUACUUAAAAAAACACGAGCAGAGCCAUGCCGAACACUUGCCUUUUAAAUGCGAAUAUUGUGCUCGUCUAUUUAAGCAUAAACGCUCACGGGAUCGUCAUACAAAAUUACAUACCGGAGAUCGUCGUUAUCGCUGUCCUCACUGUGAGGCAGCAUUUUCCAGAAGCGAUCAUUUGAAAAUUCAUAUGAAAACCCAUGACAAUCAGAAACCGUUCCAGUGUACGAUUUGUAAUAGAGGUUAUAAUACAGCGGCCGCUCUCACUUCUCAUAUGCAAAAUCAUAAGAAACAAGCCGCUCUCUUAGCCGCCGGCGGUAAUCCUCAAACUCUUAACUAUAGUCCUCGAUCUACUGGCUCUGCUUCUAGUAAUGGCAGUUUGCAUAAACGCCGUUACAAUCUUGCAAUUGAACCGGAGAAUAGUCCAAAUCGUUUGGAGUUUCCUAAACGAGUGCGCUGUUCGUCAUCGAACUUUCUCAAGUGUACAUUUUGUACUAAAUCCGAUUUUGUUAAUAUGGAACAACUGAACUCUCACAUUCAGCGUAUGCACGAGAAAGAGUUAAUCAAUACGAUGCCUCAAGCUUCCACCACCACUACACUGCCUGCCGAUGGUAACGGUUUCCAGUUGGCCUGCGAGUACUGCACUAUGAAAUUCCCGAAUAUACCGACAAUGUUUCAACAUAUGCGUUCCACUCAUAUCGAUCGUCUUGCAAGCCCGAAUUCCUACUUUGAGCAUUUAAAUCGUUUGGCAGCAUCAGGCACAUUCAGUCCACGUUUACUUACUAACCCACCGUUAAGAAGUUCUGCUAGCACCGAGGAGAAUUCCAUUAAGGAAGAAACUCAAACCAAUAGUCCUAAGACCGUAGAGAAUUCGGCAAAAACCAAUGAAGAUGAACCCACAGAUCUAAGCCAAAAUAAUAGGCAUCAGCACUCUCCUCCUCCUGCUGCGCUGCAGGAUCCUCCUUCGACAGCUACGGAAAAGCCGGGCGUCUACCUUUGCAAUCAAUGCAACGCCGGUUUACCAAAUUUCGAGAGUUUUCGUAGUCAUUUGCAAACUCAUUUGGCCCAAAGUCUUAAUUUAGUUUGUCAUCAUUGUGGCUUAGUACUGCGAGAGCUAUCCGACUACGAAAGACAUGUUAUAUCGCAUUUCCUUAUCACAAACUCUGAAUACAAUUGCCCGAGCAAUUGUCAGAAGACCUUCACUAAAUCGGAUGAUUUGCAAAAACAUUUAAUCGAUCAGCAUACAGUUACAGUCUACAAGUGCGGAAUAUGCUCGGAUAUAUUUGACACUAAAGUUGCUUUGCAGGUUCAUUUCGCCUGCACGCAUGCGGAAGAAAUUAAAAUUUUUCGUUGCUCAGCUUGCAUGGAUGUCUUUCGCAAUGAAAACGAUUUCGGUGUACACGUGAAAACACGUCAUCAGGUUGCCAACCCGAAUCCGGCCCCUGUUAACAAUUUGCAAUGCAUGUUUUGUACGGCAGUGUGCUCAUCGGAUCUCGAAAUGCAAUUUCAUUUGGCUGCGCAUGCCCGACAAUUCCGUUGCCCCUCGUGUCCGGAAACAUUUCAUGUUGAAUUUCUUUUAGAUAGACAUAUGCAAACGCACCACGGCGAACGUGCUGCCGUCCCUCAAAAGGACGGUUUCGAUGAGAGCUCCACGUCCACAUCGAGAAAUAAUAGUUUAGCGCCUAUGAACUCUUUAUACGUUAAUGCUUUAUUUGGUAAGGCACCGUUAGUGCCUUUGGCGACUCAAAAUAACAAUAACACAAUUUUGGAUUACAAUAUGGCCUUUGCUACGCAUAUUAAUAAAGGUUUGUUCCCUAACGUUGCUGCCCAAAAGUUUUAUAAUCCUUUGCAAAUCGAUACGAACGCUAUGAAACACUCAGCCUUAAUGUAUGGUUUAAGUCAGCGUUACUUUGAUACAAAUCGCUCGGUAAUAGAUCUAUAUAAUCAGAAUCAUGCCGAAAAAAAUGCAAUGACGGGAAAUUACUUUAUUAGCCCGAAGCAGCCAACAAAUGCAGAAGUGCUUAACCGUCCCGAAUUGUCGGCUUCACCAUUAAGUUCUGCCGGUUUCAGUUGUGGUAUAUGUGAACGUAAUGAUUUCCGUACGGAAUCUGAGGUACACUCACAUCGUAAAAUAGUUCAUAAUUUGAAAACUGGUGUCAGUUUACGUUGCGCUUAUUGCUCGGGUAAUUUUAAAUCACGCAGUGAACUAGAACAUCAUAUGAAAACCUGCCACAAUUCCACUGGUAAACAUAAAUGUUUGAUAUGCGAUGAAAUCUUUCCUUCACCUGCCAUACUGGCGGAGCAUAAGUUGCAGCAUUCAAAAGUGGGACAAUCAGGCAAAUGUUCACAUUGCUCGAAAGUUUUGCCUGACGUAGCAGCGUUUAAGUCUCAUCUACCCGAGCACAACAACGAAGGUCAAAUGCCAGUACAAUGCAUAUGCUGCCGGCAAACAUUACAUUCCGAGUUCGAGGUGGGAUUGCACGCCAAAUUUCAUGUGAAGUCUUCACAAGUAACCGAGAAUGUUUGCGCAUUAUGUUUAGAACCAAUAGCAUCUGGGUCUCCGACGGAGGCUAAAGUUUGCGAGAAAUGUUGUCGUAAGCAUAAUCUGAACAAUAAAUUCAAGCAACCGGAAAACUUCGAACGACCGUCCAUGCAUCGACAAUAUGUUGAAAACCGAUGCAACCUAUGCAAAAUGAUUUUGCCUCAUGUCCAAAAAUUGCAAGAACACCUUGUGGAGCAUACGUUCGCGGGUUGCGAAGAUCGUGGCUUUAAUUGUUAUAUAUGCUCCGCGGUGUUUACGGUACCGAGCGGUUUACUUAAUCACAUGAACGAUCACGGUUUGAAUGCUCGUCCCUACGAUUGUAAUUUAUGUCCAGAGAAAUUCUAUUUUCGAGCCGAACUUGAUCAUCAUCUAAUUGAUCAUGAUGUACGUGAUAAAGGUCCCAUAAAAAGUGAACUAGAUCGGCCACUAAUAAAUGAAAAUAAGAACGUUGCGACGAAAGGCUGUACAACGGCCAAAUCUUUAAAGCUUGCAGAGGUUAAACAAGAGAUUAUAGACGCUGAGGAAGCAAUUAAUACAAACGAAGAUGAUGAAUAUAUUGAGGUAGAGAAAAUCAAUGAAACAACAUCACUGGAGGUAAGAAAGCAAGAGAAGUCCGAUUCGGAAAAUUCCUCGGAUGAGAAGUAA